AUGCGGCAGGUUUGCUGCUCAGUGCCGCCACCGCCACUGGAGGAGGCUUCGUGCAGCAGCAGCAGCAGCGGCGGCAGCGGCAGCAGCAGCAGAGGCAGCAGCGGCAGCGGCAGCGGCAGCAGCAGCAGCAGCAGCAGCGACAGCAGCCGCCGCCACAGCAGCAGCAUCGCCCGUCCUGCUGCGCCCCCAGAGCCGCGGCCGCAGCCACAGCCGCAGGCCAGCAGCGGGACAGCAGCCGCCGCCGCCGCCGCCGCCGCAGCCCGCUGGGGAGCCGCAGCCGCCGGCGGCAUGAGGCGCGACCCGGCACCCGGCUUCUCCAUGCUGCUCUUCGGGGUGUCGCUCGCCUGCUAUUCGCCCAGCCUCAGGUCGGUGCAGGACCAGGCGUUCAAGGCGCCCGUGGUGGUGGAGGGCAAGGUACAGGGGUUCCUGCAGCCGGGGGGCUCGAAUAGCACCCGAGAGCCCCCGGUCUCGGGCUGGGCGGCGCUGGUGAAGGUGUUGGACAAGUGGCCGCUUCGGAACGGGGGGCUGCAGCGGGACCAGGUGAUCACCGUGGCUUCCUGCGCGCCCGUGGAGAGGAACCAGCGCUACAUCUUUUUCCUGGAGGCCACCGAAGAGCCCAAGGUCUACAAGACGGCCUUCCCUCCCCUGGACACCAACGGCAAGAACCUCAAGAAAGAGGUGGCCAAGAUCCUGUGCAUCGACUGCGCUGUCCCACCCAAGUUGAAGAAAAUGAAGAGCCAGACAGUCCAGGUGGGGGAAAAGCAGUCCCUAAAAUGUGAGGCAGCUGCCGGCAAUCCCCAGCCCGCCUACCGUUGGUACAAGGAUGGGAAGGAACUCAACAGGAGCAAGGAUAUCCGAAUUAAGUAUGGGAAUGGCAAAAGAAACUCCAGGCUGCAGUUCAAUAAGGUGAAGGUGGAAGACGCUGGGGAGUAUGUCUGUGAGGCAGAAAACAUUCUCGGAAAGGACACAGCCAAAGGCAGACUGAAUGUGAACAGCGUGGCCACCACCCUCUCCUCAUGGUCUGGGCAUGCUCGGAAAUGCAAUGAGACGGCCAAGUCAUACUGUGUCAAUGGCGGCGUCUGCUACUACAUCGAAGGCAUAAAUCAGCUGUCUUGCAAGUGUCCUGUGGGAUACACCGGGGACAGGUGUCAGCAGUUCGCAAUGGUCAACUUCUCCAAGCACCUUGGAUUUGAAUUAAAGGAAGCUGAGGAACUCUACCAGAAGAGGGUCCUGACCAUCACAGGAAUCUGCGUGGCGCUGCUUGUUGUCGGAAUCGUCUGUGUGGUGGCCUAUUGCAAAACCAAAAAACAGAGGAAACAGAUGCACAACCACCUUCGGCAGAACAUGUGCCCAGCCCAUCAGAAUCGGAGCUUGGCCAAUGGACCUAGCCACCCCCGACUAGAUCCUGAGGAGAUUCAGAUGGCAGAUUACAUCUCCAAAAAUGUCCCUGCCACUGACCACGUCAUCCGGAGGGAAACUGAGACCACAUUCUCUGGGAGCCACUCCUGUUCGCCGUCCCAUCACUGCUCCACAGCCACACCCACCUCCAGCCACAGGCACGAAAGCCACACGUGGAGCUUGGAGCAGACAGAGAGCUUGACUUCGGAUUCCCAGUCGGGUAUCAUGAUGUCAUCCGUGGGCACCAGCAAGUGUAACAGCCCAGCCUGCAUCGAGGCUCGCGCCCGGCGCGAGGCAGCCUGCAACAUGGAGGACGAAAGGCGGUCAGCCAUGCCGUACCAUGACUCGGUGGACUCCCUCCGGGACUCGCCACACAGUGAGAGGUAUGUGUCAGCCCUCACCACACCGGCCCGCCUCUCGCCUGUCGACUUCCACUAUUCCCUGGCCACGCAGGUGCCUACCUUCGAGAUCACCUCGCCAAACUCAGCCCAUGCUGUCUCACUCCCCCCAGCUGCACCCAUCAGCUUCCGUCUCGCCGAGCAGCAACCCCUCCUGCGGCACUCGCCUGCCACUGUGGCCCCCGCCUCUGACAUGCAGCGUAGCUAUGACAGCUACUACCCGCCCCGCCGGGGCUGUUCCCAUGACAGCAUGGGAAGUCUGCCUGCCAGCCCCUUCCGAAUCACCGAGGACGAUGAAUACGAGACUACGCAGGAGUGCGCGCCCACCCUUGAACCGCCCAAGAGAACAUCUACAGGGCAUCGGCGGUGGAGGAAAUCCAGACUGAAUGGGCACAUGGCCCAGCGGGCGCGGGCCGUCCGGGACUCCUUCUCACUCAGCAGUGCCUCCUACAGUGAGUCAGAUGAGGAGCUGGUGGCCGAGUGCACCCCUUUUCUCAGCAUCCACACCUCGGACAUGCUGGGCACGGACUCCCCCCCGCUGUACCAGCCAGUGGACAGCAGGACUUAUUACUCCUUAGACAGACACAGCGCCCAAGAGAGCAGACACAGCCGUAUCACACACCCACGAGGGAAACAAGACUCCGCUCCCCUCUAG